GUUAGAGGCCUAAGCAACUUUCAUAAACGUAGGGCAAUUUUUUCCUGGUGUAGAAAGCAAAAAGCCGAUUUAAUAUUUUUACAAGAAACUCAUUCCACAACAGAACGACAGGAUCAGUGGCGAAAAGAGUGGGGCGUUUCUAUUUUAUUUUCACACGGCAGUACAAAUGCUAGAGGUGUUGCAAUUCUCAUAAAGAAUAGUUUGAACAUUAUUAUUCAACAAAGUGAAAUAAGUUCGGAUGGCAGGUUUAUUGUUCUAAAAGCUGCUAUUAACAAUGAGAUAUACAUAAUUGCAAACAUAUAUGGCCCAAACAAAGACGCCGAUGCUGUCAAGUUUUAUCGUAAUUUAUCAAAAUUAUUAAGAAAUGACGAAUUUAGUAAUGAAGAAAACAUUAUUAUAGGUGGAGAUUUUAAUUGUCCUCUCGACAUCACACUUGACAAAAAAGGUGGUUUACCGAUUCCUCGAAAAUAUGUAAUCAACUCUAUAGAUGAAUUGCAAAAUGAAUUCAGUCUGCACGACAUAUGGCGCCUAAAAAACCCAACAUUGCAAAGCUUUACCUGGGGGCGUUGUUCACCUUUUUAUAUUUUGCCGACUAGAUUACUGGCUAAUAUCCGAUAAAUUACAUGAUUUGGUAACUAAGGUCGAUAUCAUACCCUCGAUCAAAACAGACCAUUCCGCUAUUUUUUUUAGAACUUGAAGAAAUCGAAUCAAGUGGAAGAGGAGCUGGCUUCUGGAAACUAAACACUUCUCUAUUGGCAAAUGAAAAUUAUAAACAUAUGAUAACAAACAAUUUACCGACCUGGCUGGAUGCAGGUAAAGAUAUACAUGAUCCCAGACUUUUGUGGGAU